AUGUGGAAAACAGGGGAGAAGCCAUUUUCCUGUUCAGAAUGUGAAAAAGUUUUUAUCCAGAAAUCAGAUCUCGUUAAGCAUGGGAGAAUUCACACAGGGGAGAAGCCAUUUUCCUGUUUAGAAUGUGGAAAAUUUUUUAUCCAGAAAUCAGAUCUUGUUAAGCAUGAGAGAAUUCACACAGGGGAGAAGCCAUUUUCCUGUUCAGAAUGUGAAAAAGGGUUUAUCCAGAAAUCAGAUCUUGUUAACCAUGAGAGAAUUCACACAGGGGAGAAGCCAUUUUCCUGUUCAGAAUGUGGAAAAUGUUUUAUCCAGAAAUCAGAUCUCGUUAAGCAUGAGAGAAUUCACACAGGGGAGAAGCCAUUUUCCUGUUCAGAAUGUGAAAAAGGUUUUAUCCAGAAAUCAGAUCUCGUUAAGCAUGAGAGAAUUCACACAUGGGAGAAGCCAUUUUCCUGUUCAGAAUGUGGAAAAUGUUUCAACUAUAAAUCACAUCUUGUUAAACAUGAGAGAAUUCACACAGGGGAGAAGCCAUUUUCCUGUUCAGAAUGUGAAAAAGGUUUUAUCCAGAAAUCAGAUCUCGUUAAGCAUGAGAGAAUUCACACAGGGGAGAAGCCAUUUUCCUGUUCAGAAUGUGGAAAAUGUUUUAACCAGAAUUCACAUCUUGUUGUACAUCAGAGAAUUCACACAGGAAAGAAACUCUAUUCAUGUUUAGAAUGUGACAAAUCUUUUAACGGCAAAUCAGAUCUUGUUAAACAUCAUAGAAUUCACACAGGGGAGAAGCCAUUUUCAUGUUCAGAAUGUGGAAAAUGUUUCACAAAUAAAUCGCAUCUUGUUACACAUCAGAUAAGUCACACAGGGGAGAAGCCAUUUUCAUGUUCAGAAUGUGGAAAACGCUUUAGCAAAAAAUUUGUUCUUGUUAGACAUCAGAGCAUUCACACACGGGAGAAGCCAUUUUCCUGUUCAGAAUGUCAGAAAUGUUUUGCAACUAAAUCAUAUCUUCUUAGACAUGAGAGAAUUCACACAGGACCAAAACCAUUUUCAAGUUCAUAAUGUGGCAAAUGUUUUAAACGCAAAUCAGAUCUGGUUAAACAUCAGGGAAUUCCCUUAUGUCCUCACCUGCAGCACAAUUGACACCCCUCUGUUCUAGAAGGACAGAUGGAAUUUUUUAUUUAAUCAAAUUAAUCACUAGAUAAUCAGACCCCUGAGACUAUUUAAGGAUACCUAGCCCCUCCUACCCUAUGUUUUUUUUUAAUGUCUAUUGUGGACUUGGACAGAUGAUUUGCUUCUGGUUUUCUUGUCAUGUUUCUGUUUUUAUUGAGUAUGCUGGACUUCCUAGAUGGAGGAAGUUUAAGAGGUUGCAUUAACCUUAUACUGGUUUCUGAUCCUUGAGAGAUGCAGCUGCCUGCUAUUGAUUGUUUAGUUCGCACUAAUGCACUUACAUUUCCUACCCUUUAGGCAGCCUGAUUUAGCGGCCCUUGGGACUUUACACAUGUUGGGGUGAAAGCACCCUUCAUUUUCAGCAUUUCUCAGAUAAACUUUACUGAGAAGAUCACUGUGUGUAUUGUUAACCACUUCCAGGCCGUGCCAUUUAUCCCCUUCCUGACCAGGCCUAAUUUUGCAAAUCUGACAUGUUCACUUUAUGUGGUAAUAGCUUUGGAACACUUUUAUUUAUCU